AUGGAGGAAGGCGAGGACAGCGUCACCGAUGUGGAGACAAGGGCCUGGCGGUGGUGUAAGUGCAGCGGCGACGGAGGCGGCGACACGCUCAACGGCAGCGGCGGCGGCGGAGGUGGCGGCGUUGGCGGCCGCGGCGGGCCGCGCACCUCCCCAAGAAACACGGCUGGAAGUUGCACGGCGGCGGGGCCCGGCACUGUCCAGGGAAGGGACAGGGGCAGCACCGUAGACAGAUCUGGCGCCAGGGUCGAGUGUGCGUCACCUGACGGGGCCGUGGCCGCCUCAGGUGAUGCUGUGCACGGUGGCUCCGGCGCCAGGUGGGCCAGGAGCACGGGCGAACGGCUGUGGGAAGCCGAGGCAGGUCGGGGCACCGAGGCGGGGUCCAGGGACGUCACGGCAGCUCACAGAGUGAGGGACUCUUACGGUCGCUCUGGCUAUUCCCGCCUCCACGGCACAAAAUGGCGACGCUCAGAAUGA